AUGUCUACCGGAAUAAAUGUCAAAACAACGAAAAAGCCAGUGAGUGAUGAGAAAUCUGCAAAAACCGAGCACAAGUUGUCAGAAGAAUCUAUGGAAAUUUUGAAGAAUUUGGACAAGAUGGAUACCAAUGAGAAGUUUUAUAAUAUUGAAGAUCGAAUAGCAAUGGCUUUGACUCAUGAGAAAUUGUAUGAACAAAGUAUGGAGCAAUAUGGAGUUCUACGAGAAGUUUUAGAAAAUUAUAUAAACGGGCAGAAAAUCGAGAUGAAUAUGAUAACAAAUAUUGCAAAAGUACGUCGAUUAGCGAGGCUUUCACAUUAUGCCACAUCUCAAUUAAGAAAAGAAAGUGCAGAAAAACUCGAAAUCGUCGACGCAAAACUUCUUCAACUACAAAAUACAACGAGUGAACUUCAACAUGUUCGAAAAGAGAUUGAUAGAUGUUUGGAUUACAGUGCUGGAGAUGAAGAUAUUGAUUUAGUGCCGGUUGAGGAAUUCUAUAAAACAGCAUCAGAAACAAUAUCGAAGCCGGAAGAAACUAAAAAUAAUGAACAUAAACAAUAUUUGGCUCGAUUGCAAUUUGAAGCAGAACAAAGAAAAGAGUAAGGAUUAUCAACACAAUUAUAUUUUAAUUAGUUUUUUUUUCUUUUUUUCAGAAUGCAAUCAACUCUUCAUGAACUCGAAGGACGAAGGAAUGUAUUAUUAAGUGAUAUUCACAAAAAAGAACAAAGAAUCGAAAGUGUUAUUCCAAAUAUCAACGAAUUAUUGAAGGUGAGAACCUAUUCAAAUUUGACCAAAAAUCUGAUUAGUUUUGCAAAGAAGUCAAAAACAAAAUUGUCUAGUCAGUGGGAAUUUUUGUAAAUAAUAAUCUAGGAGUCUUUGGUCGAUCAUAGAAAAGUCAAUCGGUUCAGUGAACAUGCACUUUUUGCUCGUGAUAUACUAAGUAAAUGACGUUCUCUCACGAGAUACAGCUUCUAUCAAAAAUCUCUCGCAAAUACAAAUUUCAAGAUACAUUUUUACACCUUCAUGAGAAUCGGAUCAAGAAGUUUUUCAGACCACUCAACCACUUCAAGAAACAUUGGCUGUUCAAUUCGAAGAUGUUGACAAAGUUCAUGAGCAAAGAAAAUUGGCAGUUCAAUUACCUCCAAGUCUUUCGCUUUUGUAUUCACAUUCUCUAGCAUAUUCCGAAAUUAUGCAAGGUAAUUAUUCUGUGGAACAUUUUCCUAGAUUUUUGGUUGGUUGUUGAUCAAAUCCAGAAAUCUCUUGAGAAAAAUUUUGCCACUUCAUAACUAACAAAACUUCCGGGUUGAACUUGAUUAGUAAGCAGCAUUUAGAAAAAUGUUGAAGAACCCCUGGGAAAUCUUUUCAAGUUAUUUUUUAGACAAAUCUUUCUCUGUGAAAAUCAAUAAAUCGGAAAUAUUGGAAAAAGAAGAACCGGAAGGCAAAAGAUCGAAAAAUGAAAAUGUUUUGGAUAGAAUUGAAAGAUCAGCGAAUCGAAUAUUCGAAAAUCAUCCAUUAAAUGUUGAAUUUGAAAUUGGAUGUGGUUCUCAAAAUGUUCUGGUCACAUUUUAUCAUCUUUCCGAGCUUCAAGUUUUGACUGCAAAAUGGGAUUUAUCAAGCUUCAAAAGUUCAUCCCAAGUUCUUUGUGCAGAAAAUCUAAUGACUGAUUUAUUCGAAAAUGAUGAUGGUGUAAAAUGUCCGAAUUCGACGGGAAAUAUUAAAAUGCAACAUUUGAAGUGAGAUUUUAGUUUUCGAAAAACCAUAAUUCAAUAUUCAAUUAAAAAAAACAAUUAAUUUUUGCAGGUUGAACUUCAAUGAAAUUUCGAAAAAAUUAGGGCGACCUUAUAAUUUCGCGCAAGUUUUGGGUGGUUUUUUGAGUGCAGACACUGAAACACAUUUAACUGAAUCUGUUCGAAAAUUGGUGUUGGCAAUUAGAAAUCGAGUAGAAACUAGGAUACAACUCGAUGAAGUUUUGAAAUCCAUCGGUAAGCGAUUUUCAAAUAAUAACUUUUUUGAAUAUUCUUUUUUUCAGAAACCAAGAAAUCUGAAAUUUUGGAAAUUCCAAAAACAAGCGAAUUCAAGAUGAUCUCAUUCGCCCCGAUUGAAUAUGAAAAAUUCAUGACUGGAAUAUCCGAAUCGUUUUCAUCGAAAAUUUCAACAAUUUCCUCUGGCUUCUAUUAUAAGGCGGAUUUUGAAAAUUCGGACAAAUCUAAAAAGUUGACAGUUUGGAUUGUUAUUCCACCAAAUUAUCCACAAUCGAGUGCAAUUCUCGGUUUCACUGUUAAUUUUGAUGAAUUUGAUUCGAAGGUUUGUUGCAGAUUGAAUAUCCCUAUAUUUUUGAAAUCUGUAAAUUUGCAGGGUUUGGAAGAAUCAACAAUUGAUCUCGAUUUGAAAUCUCAAUUAUUGAAUGUUGCAUUGUUUAAAGUUUAA